AUGUUGGUUGCAACAGCUCUCGCGCAGGAGGCAGGCCAGGCAAUGCUGGACGCGAAGGCUCUUUGCGCACAAGAGGGGAAGGGGAAGGAUGGGGGCGGCGUCAGCUACAAGGGGCGCCACGACCUGGUAACCGAGACUGACCGCUCGAACGAGGCCUUGAUUCAGCGAGGUUUGCACGAGACUUUCCCGGAGGACCACUUCCUGGGCGAGGAAGCGUCCGCGGACCGAGGAGGCGCGCCGUCAGAACUUUCCAAUAACGUUCUGACGUGGGUCGUUGACCCAAUCGACGGCACCACCAACUUCGUGCACGGCUUCCCGGUGACGUGUGUUUCUAUCGGAUUGGCGAAAGGAGACGAGGUAGUUGUCGGGGUUGUAUUCAACCCUUUUACGCAGGAGCUGUAUCAGGCCAUCAAAGGCGGCGGGUCCUUUCUGAACGGAAAGCGCCUGCAGGUGUCUGAAACCACUGUGAUGGAACAGGCGAUGGUGAUGGCGGAGUACAGCAGCCUGAGAGAAGAAGUAAGCCUCCGCAAGAUGCUGGACACGACGGGAGCUAUCGCAGGCGCCGCUCGUGCCGUCCGCCAGACCGGGUGCGGGGCCAUGGACCUGUGCUUCUUGGCCAGGGGCUCCGUGGAUGCUGUGUUCGGCGGCGUAGCAGGUGUAUGGAAACCCUGGGAUUGGGCGGCCGGGGUCCUAAUCGCCACGGAGGCGGGUGCCGCAAUGUCCGCGGGGGAUGGGGGGCAUUUUCGGUUGAUGGGCGACACUAUGCUUGGAGCGGCGACGGCUGAGUUGGCAUCUUCUCUUCGCGAGGUUUUGAAAGACAUUUGA